UUUAAGCAGCUCAACCAGGAAUCGCGCUGGUAAACAGGCCAGCGUGAGUUCUUCAACACUUCAGAGUAACUGUUCUUAUUUUGGCCCGUAGGCCAGUUUCUGCUCCAGCAUUUAACUUCCACCCAGCAUGGAUGAAAACACUUUGAAGCUGCUAGUGAAGCUCACUCAGGACGGACAGUUAGCCGCGCUGGAGAAACACAUAACAUUAGGCGGCUCGACUGCGGCGCAAACUGUCAGUAGCAAACACUUCGGCAAGUCGGGAGACACCUUGCUGCACUACGCCGCAAGGCAUGGACACCUGGACGUUGUAAAGUACCUGACAAAGAGGGUUGGCUUGGAUGUAGAGGUGUACAACAACGACUACAAGAGGCCGCUACACGAAGCUGCCUCCAUGAGCCACAAGGACUGUGUUAGCUACCUGCUCCAAGAAGGCGCCAAAGUGGACAGUCUGAAGAAGGCUGACUGGACUCCGCUGAUGAUGGCGUGCACUCGGAGGAACCUGGACGUGAUCCAGGAGCUGCUUUGCCACGGUGCCGACCCCGCACUGAGAAACAAGGACGGCUGGAACUGCUUCCACAUCGCCUGCAGAGAGGGAGACCCUGUGGUCAUACAGCACCUGCUCCUUGUUGCACCAGACGUCUGGAGGACGGAGAGCAGGACACGCAGGACGCCACUACACACCGCAGGUGUCUGUACUUACAGUAUGUGGAGAUGUGACGUGAGGGGAAAUCAUAUAACUUGCACUUUCUCUGUUCAUCCAGCAAUGCAUGGAUGUGAGGAGGUGGUUAAGGUCUUGCUGGACAGAUGUGGCUACACGCCUGACAGCACUGACAGCUGUGGAGUCACGCCUUUCAUGGACGCCAUCAGGAAUGGACACAUCUCUGUGGCCAGGCUUCUUUUAGACGAGCACCAGGCAUCUGCAGCAGCUGCUGACAUACUCGGGGCUCAGCCAGUGCACCAGGUAGCCGUCACAGGCCAGGAUGAGGCUCUGCGGUUUCUGGUGAAGGACUUGAAUGUCGAGGUGAACCAGAGGGCGACCAGCAUCCAGCUCACCGCCCUGCAUUACGCUGCCAAGGAGGGCCACACGUCCACUAUAAACACACUGGUGGAGCUGGGAGCGGAUCCUCAUGCCCGGGACAAAAAGGGGAGGACUGCUCUUCACAUGGCGUGCAUUGGGCAGCACGCAGACGCAGCCAGGACGCUCCUGCAGCUCGGCCUCAAAGAUUCUGAGGAUGCGUCCGGCACAACCGCCAGGCAGCUGGCCAGGAAACCCCACGUAGUGCAAGUGUUUGAACGUGACCUGUAAUCAAUCCUUGAGACAUUGAGUUCUUAAUUUAUUGAAAUAAAGAAAAGCUGAAGCCUAA